UCUUUUUCUCAUUUUGAUAAAAUCCUCUGGCACUUCUUCUUAUUGCCUCUUUUUUCGUUGUCUCAGACAACCAUCUGAGGAUCUCUCGACUUAUUCUUCAUUUGGUCGACUUUGACUUUGACUUGUUCGAACUUCACUUCUCCGUCGUAAGUAUACGUUCUUUCCGAUCGACUCCGCUCUCUACUCCAAGAUUGAUUCCGCGCCGCCGGCUGUAGAUUUCUCUAUUGCCACCGAUCUUCUUCUACUCUGCGCCGCCGGAAACAUUCUCUGUUUUGAUGGCUUUGGGUUUGCCGCGCGCUCUUCGAGAAUACUAUGACUUUGGGUUUAUUCGAAAUUGAUGAUCUGUGGGGUUUUGGGUCAACGAGCUCAGUUUCUUCUUCGUCGCAUCUACUUUGAAUUUGGGUUUUCUUCAAAAUUGAAAACCCGCUUUGAAGAAUAGCAAAAAGGCUCUUCCUUUAUCUGAAUCGAGACGGGUCACUUGGUCAACCAUGGAGUCAACGAAGGUUUGCAUGAACGCACAGUGUGGAGCGGCCUCGACGUCCGGCGAGUGGAAGAGAGGCUGGCCGAUGCGAUCCGGCGAGUUAGCCUCUCUCUGCGACAAGUGUGGUUCUGCAUACGAGCAAUCCAUUUUCUGCCAAGUGUUCCACGCCGAGGAAUCUGGUUGGAGAGAAUGUAAUUCAUGUGACAAGCGUCUUCACUGUGGAUGCAUCGCUUCAAGAUUCAUGAUGGAGCUUCUAGAUAACGGCGGCGUUUCCUGUAUAAGCUGUGCCAAGAAAUCCGGAUUUUUCUCUAUGAAUGUCAACCACGAAGCCAAUGGUAGAGGCUUCCCUUCGUUUGCUUCACCAGAGCAUGGGACAAAUCUCAAGCACUUGCUUCACUUUCAAAGAAUCGGCUCCACUCAGUCUUUUUUCCAAAUGAAGCAAGAAGACUCCCUGCUUCCUGCUCUAAGACACAAAACUGAAAAGCAAGAAUUGUCUGCGCAGCCAAACUUGAGCAUUUCGCUUGGAUUUACGAGUCCGUUUCAUGAUGCUGUUGUUGAUGACACAAGUAAGGCUACUCCGAUUUUUCAACUGGCCCCUCGGUCCAGGCAACUGCUUCCAAAACCUGCAAACUCAGCUCCCACUUCUGCUGGCAUGGAGCCUAAUGGGAGCCUCGUUUCACAGAUUCAUGUCGCUCGUCCUCCUCCAGAAGGUCGCGGAAAGACCCAGUUGCUUCCCCGUUAUUGGCCUAGGAUUACUGACCAGGAGCUCCAACAAUUAUCUGGACAGUAUCCUCAUCUCUCAAAUUCAAAAAUCAUACCGCUCUUUGAAAAAGUCCUGAGUGCAAGCGAUGCUGGUCGUAUCGGUCGACUGGUUCUUCCCAAAGCAUGUGCAGAGGCAUAUUUCCCUCCAAUCUCUCAACCUGAGGGCCUCCCGUUAAAGAUACAAGACAUCAAAGGGAAAGAAUGGGUGUUCCAGUUCAGGUUUUGGCCUAAUAAUAACAGCAGGAUGUACGUUUUGGAGGGUGUGACUCCUUGCAUACAAUCCAUGCAGUUGCAAGCUGGUGAUACUGUGACGUUUAGCCGCACGGAACCUGAAGGAAAACUCGUGAUGGGAUACCGUAAAGCGACAAACUCUACAGCAGCACAGAUGUUCAAGGGAAGCAGUGAACCCAAUCUUAGCAUGUUUAACAACAACUUGAGCCCGGGGUGUGGUGAUAUCAACUGGUCUAAACUUGAGAAGCCUGAGGACAUGGCAAAGGAUAACUUAUUGCUUCAGCCGUCACUAACUUCUGCUAGGAAACGUGUUCGGAACAUUGGCAAUAAGAGCAAGCGACUGCUCAUUGACAGCGUAGAUGCUCUAGACCUGAGAGUAACUUGGGAGGAGACACAGGAUCUUCUGCGGCCGCCUCAAUCCGUUAAACCGAGCAUCUGUACGGUGGAAGAUUACGAUUUUGAAGAGUAUGAUGAACCACCAGUUUUUGGGAAGAGGACCGUUUUUGUGUCACGUCAAACAGGGGAACAAGAGCAAUGGGUUCAGUGUGAUGCUUGUGGGAAAUGGCGACGGCUGCCUGUGGAUACUCUUCUUCCACCAAAGUGGUUGUGCUCCGAUAAUGUCUUGGAUCCUGGCAGGUCAUCAUGUUCUGCACCUGACGAACUCUCUCCAAGAGAACAGGAUACACUUAUCCGGCUGAGCAAAGAGUUCAAAAGGAGGAGACUGGCAUCAUCAAACGAAAAGCUAAACCAGGAGCAGGAGGCAUCUGCUCUGGAUACUUUAGCAAACGCAGCCAUCACCACGACAGGUGGACAAGGGGAUACAGCGGUUGCAGCCACGACCAAGCAUCCAAGACACCGGGCAGGUUGUUCUUGCAUCGUCUGCAGCCAGCCGCCGAGUGGGAAAGGCAAACACAAGCCUUCGUGCACUUGCACUGUGUGCGAGGCAGUGAAGAGGCGGUUCAAGACGCUGAUGAUGCGGAAGCGGAACAGAGAAGAAGCAGGGCAGGCAAGCCAGCAGGCGCAGUCAGAGUGCAGGGACGAGACAGAAGUGGAGAGCAUUCCAGCGGUUGAAGCAGCCGCAGGUGGAAACAUUGACUUAAACACAGACCCUGGGGCUUCUCGAGUGAGCAUGAUGAGCCUUCUCCAAGCUGCAACCUUUCCUCUGGAGUCAUAUCUGAAACUAAAGGCUAUUAUUCCCAAUACAGCAGCAGAACAGCAAAGCAGUGAUAUGGUAAGCACAGAGCACGGUUCGUCCUCAGCUGCACAAGAACAUGACAGAGACACAAGCGGAGCUCCUGAGUCCCUGAACUAAACUAACCCCAUUUGGAAUCUUCCAAGAGUAUUUAUUCUUCAGAGGUAUGUUUAUUUAUGUAUACUACUACCUUCUUCGGUUUCGUCCCAAAUUUGUGGAAUGGUUACGACCAUUCUACCAAUUGUCGAUCGAAGAAAUGAGGAAUUUAUUGUUUCCUUCUCCUUUUUUUAUGUGUUUUGGUUUUGGUUUUUGGUGUGUGGUGAGGCUUGAGAGAGACAAAAGAGAUGGGAAUCUUGAUGAGGUUUUGGAAAUACAUAGGACGAUUGUAAUUUGUAUAUACGGGUCAAAAAUGAAAACGUACAAUUCUUCGAGUUUUUUUUCAUUAUACUAAAACCAAAGGUGACAA